UCUCUCCUUCUUGUUCUAAAUUUGAUAUUCUGGUAAAAACUGCACACAGGAAAAGAGUGUGCGUGUGUUUUUCUUACUCUGUUAUCAAUUACCUAAUUCGCGAUGACAACACUGUCACUACCAUCUUGCUUCAACCUUCGAAACCAACCAUGGUCUCCAUCUUCACUAUUCCUCAAACCUUGUUUACUCCCAAACCUCAGUUUCUGCUCUCACCAACGCAACAAGAAGAACAAGAAUCAAAUUUCUUACUCUAUUUCUGCUCAAUCUUCAUCUUUUGACCUUUCUCCUCCACCCAUCGACCAUGACUUCCUGGACACUGUCAAAACUGCAGGUGCCGAGGUUUCUGGGGAAGGGAUCGUUGAAACAUUUCAUAACGAUGAAGAAGCACUGGACGCCGCAGACAAUGGGGUUGUUGUUGUGGAUCUUUCACACUUCGGCCGGAUAAGAGUUAGUGGAGAUGAUCGAGUUCAGUUCCUUCACAACCAGAGUACUGCAAACUUUGAGGGUCUACAGGCAGGGCAAGGAUGUGACACUGUUUUUGUAACACCAACAGCUCGAACUAUAGAUAUUGCACAUGCAUGGAUCAUGAAAAAUGCAAUAACGUUAGUGGUUUCAGCAGAGACUUCUAGGACCAUUACUGAAAUGCUGAACAAGUACAUAUUUUUUGCUGAUAAGGUAGAGAUUCAAGAUAUCACGAAGCAAACCAGCUUAUUUGUUUUGGCGGGACCCAAAAGUGGCCAAGUGAUGGAAAGCUUGAACCUAGGUGAUCUUAUUGGAAAACCAUAUGGCACUCAUCAACAUUUUUAUGUUGAUAAGCAGCCUAUAACUAUAGGAGUUGGAAAUAUCAUUUCUGAAGGUGGUUUUUCAUUGAUGAUGUCUCCGGCAGCUGCUCCAUCUGUCUGGAAAGCUAUUCUUGCUCAAGGGGCUGUUGCAAUGGGUUCUAAUGCUUGGAAUAAGUUGCGGGUUAUCCAAGGAAGGCCUGCUCCUGGAAUGGAGCUCACAAACGAAUUCAACGUCAUGGAGGCCUGUCUAUGGAACUCAAUUUCUCUAAACAAGGGUUGUUACAAAGGACAGGAGACUAUAGCCAGGCUCAUAACAUAUGACGGAGUCAAACAAAGGUUAUGGGGAUUUCAUCUUUCUGCAGCCGCAGAACCUGGUAGCAUUAUUACUGUUGAUGGAAAAAAGGUUGGGAAAUUGACUAGUUACGCCUCUGGAAGGAAGCCAUCGGAACACUUCGGAUUAGGUUACAUCAAGAGGCAGACUGCUUCAGAAGGAGACAGUGUAAUUGUUGGAGACAACAUCAUUGGAACAAUAGUGGAAGCACCUUUUCUUUCUCAACAGCGUCCGCUAUCUGGAAGUUCAAGUUCUUGAUUUUUGGGCAUGAAAUGUUGACAUCAUCGUUAUUAUGGUCAAGUAUGAUGGUAAUCAAUAAUUAUUGUUGGGUAGUAGAAGUGAAGAUAUUCAUGCAUAGCAAUCAAAAAAAAAAAAAAACGAAACUGGGCGUAGUCAAAAGUACAUGCUCGUGCAAUUCGCCGGUGAAGCUUAUGUGCCAUGUACUAUCAUGUUUUUUUAAAUUUUUUAAAAAUAUUAAUUAUAUGUCAAAA